AUGAGCUCCUCUUCUCGAAGCAUAGAGCUCAACUCUGUCAACAAUUUCUCGCGAGAUGAAUUGAAGCCUGUCACCAAGCACGACGAAGAUGUGUUUGUGGACUCCUCUGCCGCCAAGAUCGACAUCGAGCAAGAUGCUGAAAAGGCACACUCGGUGCUGAACAGGCAGUUUAACCUCGACGCAGAGGUGGCCCAGCUCAACGAGCUGGGAGACUCCUUCAAGCAGGAACGCUCGCUCUGGAGGAGAAUCUGUUCGCUCGACCUCGGUUUUGAGUUCGAGGACAAACGCUACAUGGUAUAUAUGCUGGGAGCGUUUGCCUCCGCUGCAGGUAUCCUGUCCGGUAUCGACCAGUCUAUCAUUUCCGGUGCUUCUAUCGGGAUGAACAAGGCGCUACACCUGUCGGCUCACGAGGCCUCGAUGGUGUCGUCGCUGAUGCCCUUGGGCGCCAUGGCUGGUUCUGUCAUCAUGUCGCCCCUCAACGAAUGGUUCGGACGUAAGUCGUCCAUUAUGAUCUCUUGUAUAUGGUACACCGUGGGCGCGAUCCUGUGCGCGGCCUCGACGAGCCACCAUCUCAUGUACGCGGGCCGGUUUAUUCUAGGUGUCGGUGUGGGUAUUGAGGGUGGAUGUGUCGGUAUCUAUGUUUCGGAGUCCGUGCCUUCGACAGUGAGAGGUAACCUGGUCUCCAUGUACCAGUUCAAUAUUGCCCUGGGUGAACUGUUUGGGUAUAUCGUCGGUGUGAUUUUCUUCGACGUCCACGGCGGUUGGCGUUUUAUGGUUGGUUCCUCGCUUGUCUUUUCAACAAUUCUGCUGGUCGGAAUGUUCUUUUUGCCUGAGUCGCCUCGUUGGCUGGUUCACAAAGGUCGUAUCGGCGAAGGCUGGAACGUCUGGAAACGUCUCAGGGAUGUGAAACAUGACAACAACAAUCUGGAGUUCUUGGAAAUGAGGCAUGCCGCAGCUCAAGACAAAGAACUGCGCGCCAAUGAAUCGCGUUUCCAAGCUUGGUUUGACCUUAUUCGCAUUCCCCGUAACCGCCGUGCUCUCGUCUAUGCCGUGAUGAUGGUUUCCUUAGGCCAGCUGACUGGUAUCAACGCCAUCAUGUACUACAUGUCCACUCUAAUGGGCCAAAUCGGUUUCAGUGAAAAGAGAUCGGUGGCCAUGUCCAUGGUCGGUGGUGCUGCAUUGCUUCUGGGUACUAUUCCAGCAAUCCUGUAUAUGGACAGGUUCGGGAGACGUACCUGGGCUAACACAAUUGUCUUAUUCACAUUGGGAUUGGUUCUCGUGGGUGUUGGGUACCAGAUCAAUAGGGAGACGAAUCUGCCAGCCGCAGAGGGUGUUUACCUGACAGGCCAAAUUCUGUAUAACAUGGCGUUUGGUUCUUAUUCUGCACUGACGUGGGUUUUGCCUUCUGAGUCUUUCUCGCUGGCCACCAGAUCCGUGGGUAUGACCGUAUGUUCUACCAUGCUGUAUCUCUGGAGUUGGACAGUGACCUACAACUUCGACAGAAUGCAGAAGGCUAUGACGUACACAGGUUUAACCCUUGGGUUCUACGGUGGUAUUGCCAUCGUCAUCGGUAUCCCAUACCAGCUUCUGUUCAUGCCUGAGACAAAGAACAAGACCUUGGAAGAGAUUGAUGACAUCUUCUCCAGACCAACAAUAGACAUCGUGAGGGAGAAUGCUGCGAAUGUGAAAAGAAACUUCGCGCGGGUAUUCAGGCGCUAA